UAAUUACCCACUUGUCCACGCCACCCUCACAACGAGUCAACACCGUGCGAAACCGCCAGGACCGAAUAAUCUCCUCCGAGUCCUACUCCCUCACGCCUCCAAGCAUCCAAACACGCCCUUACUUAUAUUCCUCCCACGCGCUUUUCCCUCUCCCUUUCGUUUCUUUUCUCCUUAUCCCCCGAACCUCCCUCCGAACCACCAUGGACUCUCAGCGCCGCACCGUCCGCACCCUAGUCUCCAAGCUCAGCUCCGUCUCCGAAGCCGCUCGCGUCGACGCCCUCUGCCAGCUUCGCCUCAUGUCCAAGCAGGACCCGAUAACCCGACCCGUAAUCUCCGAAGCUGGCGCAAUCCCUUAUAUAGCGGAAACCCUCUACUCUUCCUCUCACACUUCCCAAGAGAACGCAGCGGCCACGCUGCUCAACCUCUCCAUCACUGAAAAGGAGCCUCUCAUGUCGACGCGUGGCGUCCUCGACGCGAUCGCACACGUGAUCUCUCACCACGCCACCGCCUCAUCACCCGCCGCCGUACAGUCCGCUGCCGCCACCAUACAUAGCCUCCUCUCAUCCGUCGACGCCUACCGUCCCGUCGUCGGCUCGAAGCGAGAGAUCGUGUACUCGCUCGUCGAUAUCCUCCGUUGCCACGUGUCCUCGCCUCCGCGCACCAUCAAGGACGCGCUCAAGGCGCUCUUCGCCAUCGCGCUCCACCCGCUCAACCGCGCCACCAUGAUCAACCUCGGCGUGGUUCCCGCGCUUUUUUCGCUCGUCGUUAAGGAUGGUAGGGUCGGCAUCGUGGAGGACGCGACGGCGGUGGUUGCGCAGGUUGCGGGAUGUGAGGAUGCCGCCGAGGCCUUCCGUAAAGCAUCUGGCGGCCUCGGCGUGCUCGCCGACCUUCUUGACCUCGCCACUGCCGCCAGCAUGCGCACCAAGGAGAAUGCCGUCUCGGCUCUCCUCAAUCUUGUGCGCUGUGGUGGGGAGAAGGUCGCCGCAGAUGUGCGCGACGCGGUGGCGUUCGGAGCGCUGGACGGAAUUAGGGACGUUAGGGAUGGCGGUAGUGGCAAGGGGAGGACAAAGGCGGCGGAAUUGUUGAAGGUCUUGCUCGGUGAGAGCAAUGGCACUGUCGAUGUGGCGUUGAGUAGUGAUAACUGUUCUUCCUUUGGUUCCUCGAGGAAUCAUGAUUCGGAUUGAGUUUGGUGACCCUUGUGCUGAUACGGUUUCAUGAUUCUUUUUGUUCUUUGUAGACCGGAAAUGGGUUCUCUCUGUAUUUACACAUUCUUCGCGCAUUCGUGAAUUGGAACCAAUGGAUGAAGAUAAGAUGGUUCACUUUUGGAUAUGUUUAGGAUGAAACUCAGAUGCAGUUACUUAUGUGAUUUUUGGCUAUGUUUCUUAGUCAGAAUUGGAGUUUUACUUAGAAAAUUUAUGUUGACAAGUAACUAGAAUCUAGACUGUGCAAAUUACCAAAAGAAAUCUUCAAUUCUGAUAUUAGAACAUAGCCCAUAAUAGCAUUUAAAGAUUUUUGUAUCCAAGUCUGUUGGUGUAUUUGUUGAGAGAAAUAUGAGUUGUGAGAUAUUCAUUCAGUGGUUCUGAUUAGCUGAAUGCGUGAAUGCAAGGAUGUGGGAUUGUCCUGAUCAGAGAGAAUCCCGGUCGAACUAGGGUUUAGACUGGCACAUUUGGUGUACAAAUUAGGUGAUAAGUUUGUUUUUUAUAUCAUAUUCUAUUCAUUAUUAUGUUAUGAUAUGAACAAUAUCAUGAUGUGUUGUACAUUUUUACAGUGUUGAGUAAUGGAUAACAACUUUCGGGUUA